AUGGAGAUUCACUUUGUGCUUCUCAUUAGUCGACAAGGAAAAGUGAGGCUCACGAAAUGGUAUUCACCAUACUCUCAAAAGGAAAGAUCCAAGGUAAUUCGAGAGUUAAGUGGCCUAAUUAUCUCUCGAGCCCCAAAGCUCUGCAACUUCGUGGAGUGGAAAGGUUUCAAAGUUGUUUAUAAAAGAUAUGCUAGCCUCUACUUUUGCAUCUGCAAUGAUCAAGACGACAAUGAAUUGGAGACCCUUGCCAUUAUUCAUCACUAUGUUGAGACACUGGAUCGCUAUUUUGGCAGUGUUUGUGAGCUGGAUUUAAUCUUUAAUUUUCAUAAGGCAUAUUUUAUAUUGGAUGAAAUUUUGCUGGCUGGAGCAAUGCAGGAGACUAGUAAGAGAGCAACUCUGAGACUGAUAGGUGCACAGGAGGAUUUAGUUGAAGCUGCUAAAGAGGAAGUCAGUUCACUGAGUAAUAUAAUUGCUCAGGCGACCAAAUAA